CACGUCUUCCGAUCCCACGCCUGAUUAGAUCCUCCCCUUUGUUCACAACACAUCGCACCUUCUUAUCUGCUGGCUCUAUCCUUGACGUACUGCCUCGCUAUCAUUAAGUACGUUUCGUUGUAGUAAUUUUCGCUAUGAAAUUUACAGGAUUUCUCAUCUGCCUGUGCCUCUCGGCCUUACUGCUUUCCGCCAGUGGUGCCCCCCAGAGGCGGCAGGUCCAGGCGGCGCUGGCCGCGGCUUUCGGCCAGGCAAUGGGGGAACAAGUGCAGAAGUUUGUGAGUACGGCUGGGGACUACUUACUAAAUGCCUUAUUUGGUGAAAGUCCAUACACGACAAUAAUGGGUCGUGGAGUCAAAGUUACGAGUAAUGCUGGGGGCAUAGUAAGCAUUAAAGACAUCGCCACGGGCAUCGUUGUGGCAGGCUAUGGUCAAACACAAGAGGUGGCCAUGGGCGAUGCCACAGCCAAUCUUAUCACUACGUUAUACAAAGGAGGAUACAUUAGUAUCGACGAUCUUCACUUAGCGCCGAUAAGAACGACAACUGCGCUUCCUUGUGCGGAUGCUUUCCCUCCUAAAGUGUGUGCAUCGUACAAAAAUUUAGGAUCGUGUUCACCUGCCCACGUGACUUACAGCUUCGCUCAUACACACUGCACGAAAACUUGCGGGUAUGGAAUGGGAAAAUAUUGAUUGCUAUUGUAUUACAUGUACAUGUGUAAUGAACUUCUUUCACGUGAUAUCGAUAUUUCAAUUUACAAUCGAUAAAUUUUCUAACAUGGGCAUUUUCACGUUUUAUUUUUAAGCUAUUAAUAUUGUUUCUUUUUCUUUCUUUCAGGGGCUGUUCAUAAAAAUUACGUCGUGUCAAUUUAUGGAGAAAGUGUGACCAUCAAGUAGUACAUUGUACAUGUAACAUGUCAAAUGAGGCACAUAAUUAUACCACUGCAAUGUACACGU